AUGCUUCGGCUGCAGGUGCUGCUGGCUCUUCUGUUGUCCUCCGGGCUGCUGGUGCGGGUCAGCACCGGAGCCCCUGACGCGGCUCACCUACUCGCAGAGGCCUUUGGGGCAGAUGCGCCACUGGACAAGGAGUCUGCUCGCUCGCUGCUGCUGAGGCUGAUCUACCAAGCGGCGGCGAGCGACGAGGCGCUCCCCGAGCUCGGCGUCGGGGUGACGUUGAUGCGGCGACAUCUUCCUCUCUCCCAAAGAGAGCGCAAGGCGGGUUGCCGCAAUUUCUUCUGGAAGACCUUCACCUCCUGUUGA